UUCAUAUUCCAACAACCCGCGCCGAUCCGCUGUUAACUUAGUUUAAAUUCAAAAUAACAUUUUUUAAAAAAGCUGCCCGUUUCUCCCACAAUUCCGUGCCCGCCCGAGAACUCAAUAAAAUAAAUAGUUAUUAUUAUUUGAUUUAUUACAAUUUAAUCUGACUGUUCUAAUAAAUAAACAAAGUCUCCGAAUCCCUACAUGAAAAAGAAACAUUUUAAUUUUCCAGUUGAUCAAUCUCCAGGUGUUCGCCCUUCACAACAAACAUGGCGUCGGCGACCAAGAUCAUUCAGAGGCUGCGGAACUGGUUAGCUGGGAGGAAUCUCCAAGAAAAGUUGCAGCUUCGAUACACUGAAAUUUCUCUCCGGACCCAACCUCCACCCAAGCUCCCGGUUGGCCCCAGCCAUAAGUUUUCCGAUAACUACUACUGUUUACGAGAUGGUCGUCGAGAGACAUUUCCACCUACUGUCAUUUGGUCAUCGCAGAAAGCGCUAGCGGCGGGAACACAAGCGGCCAGUGGCCAAGGCACUGAAGUAACUAAGGAAGUUAAGAAACCUGUCCUGCCUGGACAGCCAGUCAAGUUGAAGCUUUCCAUGGAUCAGCCAUACCUGUGACUGGAGGAUGAUUGGAUGAGAUUAACAUUAACUCUAACCUUUUAUGGCGUGCCGGCAACGGAAAGGAGUUUAAAGUACUGAGGAAAUAAUCCCUGGAGCUACAGCAUUGUAUAGCCAGAUUGGAACUCUGAGUUUCUGUUGCAUUUUGGGAUUUAAUGACGACUCCUCUAAUGUAAAUCAGCUCAGUAAAUAUCCAAGUUAAUAAAGCA